GAGUUCUAUCACGGGCAACCAUUGUAUGCUGGGCAGCUAUUUAUAUGUUUGAAAUUCGCGCCUUUCACUGGCGCGGCUUAAGAUGGCUGCUAGGAAGACUGACCAUGCGGCUUGCGUCCCCACCGCACAGGUAUUGUUGCAGGCUGUAGGAAAUCCCCCCAACCCCUAUAAUACAGGCCAGACAUUCUAAUUUAUAGCUGAUAUGACAAAUUAGACAACUAUUGGCAGCCAGUUCUUACAUGAACAAAACAAUUGGCAUUAAUUCCAAGGGAAACUAGGCCAGAGGUAUAAUAUCAGUUGGUAACAAUGGAAAAUGGUUGAUUGGUAGGAAUGAAUAAAAACAUAAUAUUUGUGUUUAACAUGAUCAGCUGAUCAUCUCGGCCCAGAGAGAAUAUGACUUGUCCUUCAAUAAAACAGAAUCUCAUUGGCUGAGACCCAAUGUGACAGAGUUUAAUAUGGAGCUCAAACAUGGAACCAAUUACACUGUGACUCUCCAAGGCUUCACUUCAGCUGGACCUGGGGAACCUGCAGUCUGGACUCAUGAGACUCCUAUAGCAGACCAGUGUCUCCUGUCACAGAUAAAUGGAAUAAACAGGACUGGGGUAGAACAGGAAUAUUAUGAUCCAUUUGAAUCAGUGACAGUGCGGUGUAUGGAGGGAUAUUCCGCUACGAGAGAGACGAUAAGUUGUUUGAGGAAUGCGAUGUUCACUGCGUGGAGUAAUAGUGUUCCCUGCACAGAGCAAUGCAAGAAAUCUGACCUCUCCAGGGAUCCAAAUGUGCAGCUUGUUCCACCCCAAGAUUAUUAUCCCCCCAACACUGAGGUGUCUGUGAGAUGCCCACUGGGAUAUAAACCCUCACGGGACACAAUUACAUGUAAAUCUGCACAAGAUAAGAAUGUGUGGGAUGUAACAGUGCCUUUUCGCUGUGUGGAACAAUGUGCAAAGCCGACAGGACCAGGAAUCAAUUCAUUAUCUCCGAACAAAGAUUUCUAUGAUUUGGGGGAAUCUGUAACAGUGACCUGUGCCCCCGGAUAUCAGUCUGUAUCUGAUGUAAUUAGAUGUAGGAAGAAUAAAACCCACAGUUACUGGAAUGUGCCGGAUCCCUGUAUUGACCAGUGUCUCCUGUCACAGAUAAAUGGAAUAAACAGGACUGGGGUAGAACAGGAAUAUUAUGAUCCAGAGGAAUCAGUGACAGUGAGGUGUAUGGAGGGAUAUUCCGCUAUGAGAGUGACAAUAAAAUGUAUGAGGAAUGGGGCGAGCACCUCAUGGGAUAAUCGUGUUCCCUGCACAGGAAAAACAGAUUUCACUCAGUAUCCGAGUAUUAUUAAUAAUAAUAAUACGCUGAAAUGGCGACUGUCAGAGACACACGGAGUCCUUACUGGGUACCAGCUGAAUAUGUUGGUCUGGAAGGAAAAUACUGUGAUAGAGGAAGAAUCCCACCAGUUCCCCCCUAAUGUGACAGAAUACAGAAUUCCCAUGGAAGCAGACACCAAUUAUAUGGUUACAGUACGGGGUCUCACUGCUGCUGGGCCUGGGGAAGCCUCAGUCUGGAUCUCAGGUAACCUUAAAGCUGCAGGUGCCUCCGACUCAUAUUUCCAGGUGUCGCUGGUGCUGAAGCCGCUGUUUCUGAUUAUUCUGAUCCUCGUCGUCUUGUGCUUUACUGUGAAGGAAAAGUGGGAGCAGAACAGGACAGGAGAGAAGAGAUGUCGGAGAGAAACAGAGAGAGGGGGCAGAAUGGAGAUGGUUUCCCUGUAAGACUGUUCCACUAACUGCCCCUUCUGCCCCUCCAGCUGUACCCAAGCCUCUGUAUUCUCCAUCUACUGUCACACGUGGGAAAUGGAUAGUAGUUGGUCUGUAUUAAAUAAGAAUGGAUUCAUCAUAAUUCCAUGAAUGAUCUAAAUAUUGUAACUGGAAACCCAAAGAAUGAACCUAAAGAGUAACAGGGGAAGAAAUGGAAGCUCUAUGUUGUUCCCCGGAGAAUAGACUGAUCCAACUCACUAAUACUCACAGUGGAACCCAGAGAGAUGGAACAAGAAGAAAAGACAAAGAUCAGGGUCCCACAAAACAGCAGCUGGAAGUCACUUUACCAAUACAGGAAAAAACAGCAGCUGAUUUGUUCAUUAUUUCUCAGUAAUGAGUUGAAUGAAAGUUUUGCUUAGAAUUGAGAGUAUAAGAAAUGUUACAUUAGAUUAAAGAACUAUCCUGAAAAUGAAAAUUUGACAUAAACGUUAUCUCAUAGAAUUAAGAAGGUUUCUAAAAAUAAUCUGUUAGAACUUCUGUCCCUUUUCCUCUCAUAGUUAUCAGCUUCCAUCUCUCCUCAGUCUCUCUACAUGCAGGUUUGUGUCAGAGUCAGUUAUUAUACAGUUAGAUCGGAUACAUUAUCUAGGCAAAGGGAUCCCACAGUAAUGUCAAUGAUCUGUCAAUUAAAAUCUGACUUUGCUCCUGCAUAUAGAGAGACAGAGUAUAUACAUUAUAUUUUCUAUGCAAUGUGUUACUGAAUAGAAAUUAUAUUUUAUUUGCAACAACAAAUAUCCUAGUCCCUGGUGCUAAACUUUUACAUUUAUAUUUGUUAUUACUGAAAGUGUGUUAUUAUACAAUCUUUACAGCUAUUGUCCACAAUAAAUGAAUAAGCUCAGUAUAUUCUCAUG